GAACAUGUGACUGAAGGAAGUGAUGCAACAGGAAGUAGAACCCUCCUCAACAGGAUCUACACUGAGCUCUACAUCACACAGGGACAGAGUGAAGAGGUUAAUACCCAACAUGAGGUGAGGCAGCUUGAGACGGCUUCCAAGAAGAAGAUCCUCCACGACACUCCCAUCAGGUGCCACGACAUCUUUAAAGCCUCCACUGACCAGCAGAGCAGCAUCAGAGUCGUCCUGACCAUCGGCGUCGCUGGCGUUGGAAAAACCUUCUCGGUGCAGAAGUUCACUCUGGACUGGGCAGAGGGUUUAGAAAACCAGGAUGUGGAUCUGCUGACUGUGCUUUCGUUCAGGGAGCUGAACCUGGUGAAGGACCAGCAGCACAGUCUCCUCACGCUGCUCCGUGUUUUCCAUCCAGCGUUACAGAAGCUCACGGCAGAGACGCUCGCUGUCUGUAAACCUUUGUUCAUCUUUGACGGCCUGGAUGAAAGCAGACUUUCUCUGGACUUCAACCACAGGGAGCUUGUGUCUGAGGUCACACAGAGGUCAUCAGUCAACGUGCUGCUGUCAAACCUCCUCCGGGGGAAUCUGCUUCCCUCGGCUCUCAUCUGGAUUACCUCCAGACCUGCGGCGGCCAAUCUGAUCCCUCCUAAAUGUGUUGACAGGGUCACAGAAGUACGAGGCUUCACUGACGCCCAGAAGGAGGAGUACUUCAGGAGGAGAUUCAGUGAUGAAGAGCUGUGCAGCAGAAUCAUCUCACACAUCAAGACGUCCAGGAGCCUCCACAUCAUGUGUCAAAUCCCAGUCUUCUGCUGGAUCAGUGCUACAGUUCUGGAGCACAUGUUGACCACAGGCCAGAGAGGAGAGCUGCCCAAGACCCUGACUGACCUGUACUCACACUUCCUGCUGGUUCAGACAAAGAGGAAGAACAACAAGUACGGUGAGGGACAUGAGACGACUCCACAGCAGCUGAAGAGGACUGACAAGGACGUUCUCCUGAAGCUGGGGAGGCUGGCACUUAAACAUCUGGAGGAAGGAAACAUCAUGUUCUACCAAGAAGACCUGAAGCGGUGUGGUCUUAAUGUCACAGAGGCCUCGGUGUACUCAGGAGUUUGUACUGAGAUCUUCAGAAGAGAGUGUGUGAUCUUCCAGAAAUCAGUCUACUGCUUUGUUCAUCUGAGCGUUCAGGAGUUUCUGGCUGCACUCUACAUGUUCCACUGUUACACCGAGAGGAACACAGAAGAACUCAACAACUUCUUGGGAACAUGUUGGGACACAUACAGUAGCUUUUUCCUGGAUGACCUCCUGAAGAGAACCAUGGAGAAAUCCCUCACCAGUGCAAAUGGUCAUCUGGACCUGUUUGUUCGCUUCCUUCACGGCCUCAGUCUGGAGUCCAACCAGAGAGUCUUAGGAGGCCUGCUGGGUCGGACAGAGAACAAUCCAGAGAUCAUCCAGAGAGUCAUCAACAACCUGAAGGAGAUGAAGAGUGGUGACAUUUCUCCUGACAGAAGCAUCAACAUCUUCCUUUGUCUGACUGAGAUGAACGACCACUCAGUUCAUCAGCAGAUGCAACAGUUCCUGACGUCAGACAACAAAUCAAAGGAGAAACUCUCUGAGAUCCACUGCUCAGCUCUGGCCUACAUGCUGCAGAUGUCAGAGGAGGUUGUGGAUGAGUUGAACAUGAAGAUGUUCAACACAUCAGACCAGGGUCGACUGAGACUGAUCCCAGCUGUGAGGAACUGCAGGAAGGCUCGACUCGUUCGUUGUCGACUCGCAGAGACUCGUUGGGGAGUCGUGGUCUCAGCUAUGAAGUCAAACCCCUCACAUCUGAGAGAACUGGAUCUGAGUGAGAACGACCUGCAGGACUCAGCAGUGAAGAUGCUGUGUUCUGGACUGGAGAGUCCAAACUGUCGACUGGAGACUCUGAGGUUGAGUCUCUGCGGUCUCACAGAGAUCAGCUGUUCUUCUCUGGCUUCAGCUCUGAGGUCAAACCCCUCUCAUCUGAGAGAACUGGAUCUGAGAGGAAACAACCUGCAGGACUCAGGAGUGAAGGAGCUGCUUGAUCUACAGCAGAGUUCAACCUAUCGACUGGAGACUGUCAGAGCGGUUUAUGAACGAUCAGGGGACAUGUACUGGGACAGAGUUUUUACAUAUUGA